AUGGCCUCUUUCUCAGAGCUGAUGCAAAACUUCCAGGAAGAACUCAUCUGUUCUGUCUGCAAAGAGUACCUCACUAACCCAAUAACCAUUGAAUGUGGCCACAAUUUUUGCCAUAGAUGCCUUUUCUGCAGCUGGCAGGCAACCUCAACCCCUUUCUCUUGUCCAGAGUGCAGGGCUGUCUCCCAGCUGAGAGAUUUUCAAGUCAAUGUGCGUCUUGGAAAACUGGUAGCCAUUGUCAAAAAGCUAAGUGCACAUUGUUUGCAGAACCCUGAAGGACAUAACAAGUGUAAGAUACAUCAGAAAACAUUCAAGCUGUUCUGCAAGGAUGAUCAGAGCCUAGUGUGUCUUGACUGUUCCGAGUCCCCAAAGCACAAGGCUCAUACACUCUAUUGCAUAAAUGAAGCUGCUGAAGACUUCAGGGAGAAACUUCAAGAAACCACAAUGGAUUUAAAGAGGAAAACUGAUAAUGUUGUAGAACGGCUGAUUGUUGAGAAUGUGAGAAUGAUACGGUGGAAGAAAGAGAUAAAGAUUCGAAAGAGAAAUGUUUCUUCAGAAUUCCAGAAACUACAUCGGUUCCUAGAUGAGAAGGAAACUGAGUAUCUAUCAGUUAUGGAGAGACACAGAAGGGCCAAUUUGAAAGUCCUGAAGAAGAGAAUGAUGAGACUGUCCCAGCAGAGUAAUGAAUUAAGGAAAAUGAUCACAGAGUUAGAGGAAGAGUACAGGAAACCACAUGGAGAUUUGCUCCAGGAUAUGCAGAAUCUGAAAGGAGUGUUAAACAGGAAUGAAUUGGUACUCCAGCAAGAAGACAUGCCUCCCAUAAAAAUAAUCGUCUGCCCCAUCCCUAGAAUCAUAGAAAUACUUUUAAAAUUCAAAGUGGAAAUAACUCUGGAUUGUAACACAGCUAGUCCAGGUCUCAUCAUCUCUGAAGACUUGAAGAGUGUGAGAUAUGGAGGUGCACAAGUCCUCAAUAACAGUGGGAUGGACAAUUUUGCCCAAGUUUUUGGUACUCAGUCUUUGAUUUCAGGACGAUACUACUGGGAGGUUGAGGCACCAAGCAACAUUGGAUGGUCUAUUGGCAUCUGUAACCCAAAUCUGCUUAAAGAAAUCUUUUUGCUUAUCGCUGCACAGAGUCACAGUGGAUACCAUCUUUAUGCCUUAGGCUUACACCACGUUUCUCGUAAAACUUAUGUGAAAUACUGCCAGAACUAUGUGUCCAAACUAACGGUGGGCAUUUUCUUUGACUGUGAACGUGGAAAGAUAUCAUUUUAUAAUGUUAAAGAAAGCUUUCUCAUUUUUACCUUUACAAUUGUUUCUUCUUCAGGACCUUUCUAUCCUAUCUUCUUCCUUUCUAAGAAAGCCAUGAUAAAUGAUUCCUCUCUUGUGAUCUGUCCCUAA